CUAACUGGUCACACUUCUCCGCUUUACAUCGUCACGGACGCAUCACUAUAAUUCUUCGUUUCGCCCAUUUAUAAUUUAACAAAUACGUCAAUUACCGAUCCAGCGAACAGAAAAGCCCCAAGCUGGCGGAGAAAAAGGUCCAAAUGGCGUUAAGCCAGACAUCGGUGCUGAAGGUGUACCAUGCCGUGAUCGAGGACGUCAUCACAAAUGUGCGGGACGCGUUCCUGGACGAGGGCGUCGACGAGCAGGUGUUGCAGGAGAUGAAGCAGAUUUGGCGCAACAAGCUGCUGGCCAGUAAGGCUGUCGAGCUGAGCCCAGACUCCAGCGAUGGAUCCCACCCACCGCCCAUCGUGGCCAAUAAUCCAAAGAGUAAGGCAGCCAAUGCAAAGGCCAAAAAGGCCGCUGCUGCAUCUGCGGCCACAUCACAGCCACAGAUCGGGGGCAGCAGCUCCUCUCUCGUGGCAAUGAAGUCGCCCGCUGGACUGGCCACAGGCAGCGGUAUCAAGAACGUCCUGGUGCCCAUAAAGCAAGAAGUUAACUCACAGAACCCACCGCCACUGCAUCCCACUUCAGGAGCAGCACUGCUACAGAAACAGCAGCAGGCGGCGAGCAGUGGUCAAGGUUCCAUUCCAAUUGUGGCCACACUCGAUCCCAACCGCAUUAUGCCCGUUAAUAUCACGCUGCCAUCGCCAGCCGGCUCUGCCAGUUCGGAAUCUCGAGUCCUAACCAUUCAAGUGCCUGCCUCGGCGCUGCAGGAGAAUCAGCUGACCCAAAUUCUGACGGCCCACCUAAUUUCGUCUAUUAUGUCCUUGCCCACCACUUUGGCCUCGUCUGUACUGCAGCAGCACGUAAACGCUGCACUGGCCAGCGCCAAUCACCAGAAAAGCCUAGCCGCUGCAAAGCAAUUAGACGGCGCCCUGGACUCCUCCGAUGAGGAUGAAAGCGAGGAGAGUGACGAUAACAUCGAUAAUGACGAUGACGAUGAUCUGGACAAAGAUGAUGACGAGGAUGUAGAGCAUGAAGAUGCUGCCGAGGAGGAGCCACUCAACAGCGAAGACGAUGUCACCGAUGAAGACUCUGCCGAACUGUUCGAUACAGAUAAUGUAAUCGUCUGUCAAUAUGAUAAAAUCACAAGGUCGCGCAACAAAUGGAAAUUCUAUCUCAAAGAUGGGAUCAUGAACAUGCGUGGAAAGGACUACGUGUUCCAAAAAUCGAAUGGAGACGCCGAAUGGUAAAACAUCUGACCAAAGAGCGGCGGCAGUGUGUGAAUAUAUAUACAAAAGACAUCAAACAAAGAGCCUCAUCGAAUGCGCCUUCAGCCCUGGACAUAAGCUAACCAGACAGGACUCUGCCCCACUUGAAAUCAUGACCAAGCGACAGCCUGUAUAAGUCAGCGUAGUAAUCGGGCCGUGAAUACUGUAUCUUAUUUUAGUUCCAUCUGUUUUGUAUUACGCUAGUUAAAGUGUGUUGCAAUUAAUCAUCUCAAUUAAAUGUAUUGAAUAGUGUGCCGCAUAACUUUUGUGUCAAUAAACAGAAACACUUGUGAAAGUA